CAUAUCUGGGCUUUAUCCCAUCUGGUCAGGAUCGAUGCUGGACGCUCUUCGUCGAGCACUGUCGAUAAUAUGUCCUUGCGCAGACCGUCUCAUCGCUGUGGUACCGUUGAGUAGCAGCUGGACGCGAGCCGUGGACGUGAAACGGGCAGCAGGUGUGGAGCAGCAACAGUCCACGGUACGCCCCAUGAUUGGACACUAGUCCAAGUCGAGAUCUGUUUAUGUCAGCGAUCUGCCUGUUCGGCGCUGCCCUGUGCGUCCUCAUCUCGCUUCGCUAUCUUGUCCUCCCUCGAUCCUUUUUCUGUCUUUUCUUCCUUUUGUCUCCUUUCUCGACAGCGUCUUCUUCCAAUGUCGACUGUUUCUAUUCCUGUUGCCUGUCCCUUUCAAUUGCCUCCCUGAUUUCCCGUCUGAUCUGUCUUUGCAUUCCUACUUCUUUUCUUACAUCCCGCUUGAUUCUGUUCGUCAGGUCAUCCCUUCUCUUGGUAUCCUAAUACUAGAUUGUUUUGUUCCCCAUUGUUCAUUCCCAUCAUUCGUUAAAACUACCUUGCUUUCUGUCCCGGCGACGGAAUGUCCACUCCUUUGGAGUCUCCUGCCAAGGAGCAUCCUUCCACGCAGCAGCCCGCUGCCUAUGACGACCAACAGACGUUUGUCAAUGAUAACCCUACUGAAAAUGGCGAUAAUCGCAAGCUCAAAGUCGAUACUACUCACUCCAAUAACGCGGAUGAGCUCCGUUCGCCCUCUCGUGACCGAGAGAGGGCCUUACGCCUGGGCGAUGAUCUAGCCGUGUUAGAAGCGGAACGCGAGGCGUCUCGCUCCCUUCACGAUGAAGAAGGUACAGCAGAGGAGCCUGGCGAGAAAGGUUCUUUUUCCAGUCGAUCCCACUCCCGACAUGUCGACGAGUUUGAUGAGGUGACAAACCCCCUGCAUGAGAAGGCCGCAGCCUUCAAUCCUCCGGAAAACCCCACUACCGACUUCGCCAAAUUCGUCAAGAGGAUCCACAAUUCGAGCUUCAUCAUUCGCUAUGCUACAUAUAUUAUCCCUGUCGUCGUUCUUCUGCUUAUCCCGCUUCUCGUUGGCGCGUUGAAAUUCAAAGAUGCCAACGUUGGUGGCGUACGUUUGCUCUGGUUUUCCGUCUGGCUGGAAAUAUUUUGGUUGACUCUGUGGGCUGGGAGAGUUGUCGCCAAAUGCAUACCCCCGGCCGUUGGCAUUCUCGCCAGUGUCUUCACAAACAACGCGAAGAAAUGGCGAGACAUGGCAGAGCAGCUGGAGUUCCCAGCGACGCUUUUCUUCUGGUGGCUUGGUGUCGAGAUCUCUUUCCUUCCAACCAUGAUCAACCACCAUGUGGACGGUGGUGGUACUCGCCACUGGGAGAGGACUGUCAACAAAAUCAUCGUUUCCAUCUUUGUCUGGACCAUUCUCAACCUCGUUGAAAAGGUCAUGAUCCAACUCAUCGCCAUGAACUUUCAUCUACGUACCUAUUCCGACCGCAUUGAGGUAAAUAAGUUCCAAAUUGGUAGCUUGACCAAACUCUACGCCUACUCCACAGCCAAGCUUGGCGACAAGGACGAAGAUUUUGAAGAGAAGAGAAACGGAUCGGAAAGCGGUGGCAUGAAGACUCCGAUGCAGUAUGCGGGAUUGGCUCAAAAGAUGGCGAGGGGAGCCUUGAACAAGGUCGGCGAUGUUGCUGGUGCUGUCGCGGCUGACUUCACCGGUCGCAAGGCCAAUAAGAGCACCCACCCACAUCAGGUUGUUUUAACUCUCCUACGCACCCCAUCUGGAAGUCAGGUCCUGGCUCGACGGCUAUACCGUACUUUCGUCCGGAAGGGUCAGGAAGUCAUCUUGGCGGACGACUUGAAGAUCGUCUUCGACAACGAAGAGGAGGCUGAGGCCGCCUUUAUCAUGUUCGACAAGGACCUGAAUGGAGACAUCUCCAUGGAAGAGCUGGAAGCCGUCUGCGUCGAAGUGGGCCGGGAGCGGAAAGCGAUUACUGCGUCUCUGAAGGAUCUCGAUUCAGUCGUCUCGAAGCUCGACCAUGUUUUUGAUGUUCUGGUGUUUGUCAUUGUCGUCAUGGUGUUCCUGUCCUUGAUCUCGACCUCCGCUUCUGGGGUGCUCACGUCUGCCGGUUCCUUCAUUCUUGGUCUGUCAUGGCUUUUCUCCGCCACUGCCCAGGAAUUCCUACAGUCUAUCGUCUUUGUCUUUGUUAAGCACCCAUUCGACGUCGGCGACCGUGUAACCAUCUACGGCAACUCUGGUGACACCGGCCGUGGUGAUGACUACUUCGUCAAGCAGGUUUCUCUCCUCUAUACCGAGUUCAAAAAGAUGCAGGGCCACAUCGUCCAGGCUCCUAACAGUUACUUGAAUACUCUGUUUAUCCUUAACCAGCGCCGCUCGGGUGCCCUGGCAGAGGCCGUUCCAGUCAUAAUCAAGUAUGGCACCACGCUUGAACAGAUGGAGGCCCUUCGCCAACGUCUGCUCGAGUUCGUCCGCUCCGAAAAUCGCGAAUUCCAAAACAUGAUUCUCACUGAGCUCCGAGAGGUCACGGAAAACUUCUCCGUGACGCUCAACGUGGUCUUCUUCUACAAAUCUAACUGGCAGAAUGAGGGCCUGCGCCUGCAACGGCGCAACAAGUUUAUUUGCAUGUUGAUGGUCGCCCUGCAAGAGAUCGGUAUCGAAGGACCACGCAUGAACCUCCAGGGUGCCGCUGUCGACAUCCCCUUCCACGUCACUUACAACGGUAUACCAUCCGGUACUUCUGCUGGCCCUUCAGGAAACAAUGGCUUUACUCCCGCCACCCCUGUGGGUGGUGACAUGGAUACCAUUCCCGAAGAAUCAGGCCAAGGCAGCGCCCUGCGUUCCCACCCGUCAAUCCUUCGCAAGGGCAUGCAUACGGCGGCCGCUCGCGCUCGCGGCGAAUCAAUCGCCUCCCACAAGCACGUCGACUUCUCUCUAGGCAUGCGAAACGUGUCCUCAGCGGACGUCAUGGGCGACGUCUUUGACGACCGCGGCGUGAGCAAGGUGGACGACGUUAUCCUUUCUGCCAACCGCGAGGCCGAGGAUCUCCGUCGCCAGAGGCUCGCCGAGGAAAGAGAGGCAGAGGAGGAGAGAAGUCGCAGUUCUAUGUCGAAAUCGCACAGGCGUGGAUCCAAUCUCUCUUCGCAUCCGGGUGCCUCCGAGGGCCGUCGCUCCAUGGAUACCCACAGUCAUCGCUCAGUGGACGCUCCUAGCCAUCGCAGUCUCUCAAUUGUCCAUCCUAACCGUUUUUUGCGCACACGCACCAGUCCUGAUAUCGAGCAAGGCUCCUUUGACUCUGGUGCUCCGGGUUCGUCAGAUAUGCCAAAGCAUAUGUACGUUGCUGCCAGCCCCAGUCGGCAGUCAUGAUCUGAAAUGAUUUUCCACACUUUCUUAUUUAAACCUUCGCUCUAUUUAUUUUGUCUUAAGACUUUUGGGAUUUAUUUUGGCCAUUUGUGUCUACAACUCCCACGCUUCCAGUAUUUUUAUCGAUUCUGUGAGUAUGGCGUGUGUACCCAUAGGGUUAACAAAUGGUAAUAAAUCCGAUAUUCAUAACUAGACUUAGUCUGAUCCAAGUUUCCUGGAUAGUUUCUCCCUAAAAGGAGUUCGAUUCGAAUAUCGAGCUCUCUCUUCGAGAUAUUCUUCUUCGCUUGGUAUGACGUUAUUUGCGUUUAUGGAGAUCUUUCCUUUUCAUGCUCAAUGAUGUCUGCGAUGUUCUCGGAGUCGACCGGGUGAGAAUAGUUGUCCUCAAUGAGUACUUUGCCUUCCUUGUAUCGUUGAUUCCCUCUGAAACGGUCGAGCUCCCUAACUGGAUAAAGACAGCCACUCUGUCGCCUUCACAAUUUGCAAUAAUAUAAUAGUGUAAUGAGCUUUGAUCACCAUUUCGGACCGCAUGAGUGUGCUGUUGUAUACGCCAUCGAAGGUUGUUUGGCUGGCUAACAUAAAAUCGCAAAUGUUUUGGGUCUUGAUCACCAGUAAUAAAGUUCAGGUAGCCACUGCUACGUGAGUCUUGAAUAUGGUUUGCAGCUUGAUUUUUAAGUAUUCCAAAGUAAAAGUUGAAGUGCUGGCCUGGCAUACACUUCACGGGUCACGGCCCUGCCUUUGAGCUCCUGGACCGCAGGCUCAACAGAGGCAGGUAUGGCUUUUUGAUCGAAUCUGCCCCCCCCCAACAGGCUUCAAUUUGUCUAUAUGGAGUAUGGCAUAAUUUAUCAACUUUGUCGGCGACGUAGUCAACCUUCUUGGGCAAAUGUCGGACUAGCAAGUCUAGAUGCAGGCACAGAAUUGCGAAUGUUGUUAGGUUCCAAGAAAUAACUUCUUCAGGCAAGCAAAUAAUCU